GUCGCCGCGGCCGCGAUCGGAAGUGUCAAGCGGGAGCUGCGUUCCCCCGCCUUCGCCUCUGCCACUGCGGACCCAGACCCCGAAGUCAGGCCUGGGCCCAACCGCCAUGACGAACGUGUACUCCUUGGAUGGGAUUCUGGUGUUUGGUUUGCUCUUUGUAUGCACCUGUGCCUACUUCAAGAAAGUACCUCGUCUCAAAACCUGGCUGCUAUCAGAGAAGAAGGGAGUUUGGGGAGUGUUUUACAAAGCCGCUGUGAUUGGAACCAGACUGCAUGCUGCUGUGGCAAUUGCCUGCAUUGUAAUGGCCUUUUAUGUCCUGUUCAUAAAAUGAAUUUCAAAGCACCUAUCUCAUCAACUGCCAACCAAGGGGACAAGCUUGAAGAACCUAUCAGGGGCCUGGGCCCAGUGUAGGAGAGUUCAGCUAAAAACAUCAAAGUCCCCAGAAUGACACCACAGCAUCUGCUCCCACCACAUGUGGGGGGAAAGCUCCUCAUGGCUACGAACAUUAUUUAUGCUUCAGGGGACUCCAGAAAGCCAACUUCCUUUGAUCUGUGUAAAUCAAUCCAUGGCAGAAAGUAUAUAAUAUCCAGAUAAAUUACACCCCUCGAUGAUAAGAUUACAUACCUUCAGCUUUUAAAACCUCUCACCUAUUUUCUUUCAGCUCUUCAACAGAAUCUUUUCAAAGAGACUCAUUAGGAAAGGAGAUAGGACAUAAUUUAAACCUCUUGGAAGGAGAGAUAAUUUUUAAGACUUUUUUUCCAUUGUUUGAUUUGGAUUUGGCAGUUGGGGUUUGUGGGGUGCUGGGUAGGAAACAGAAGUUAUAUGAUGCCAAGAAGUUUUUUCCUCUGGAAAUUUGUCUUUCAUAUGCCCAUGUGGGAACACAAGAGAGGCAUGAUCCUCUCUGCAAAAAAAGAACAGAUGAAAUAGCUGUGCGCGUACUGGUAGCUUGAGAGUUUUGCCAAGAGAACCUACAUCUACAUAAGAUUUGCAAAUUAUCCGUCUGUUAUGAGACCAGAAAGCAGCAACUUAGACAAAAAAAGUCUCGUUCACCAGAAUCCCCAAAAGAUGACUUUCCCCAAUCAAAUGGCAUAUGGAAAAUUAAUCCACUGUUGCUAUUUUCCUAAAGACUUUUAUAUUUUCUAAAUUACUGAGUACUAAAUACUGUUACUCACUAGGGGAAAGAGAAAGUAUUGAAGAAAUAAUUGUUUAAUAUAUUUGUCAUUAGGGUAGAAGAUAUAAAUAGGUCUAGUAUAUCUGUUGAUAUACAAGUAAAUUCAUCUAGUAUAAGAAUUUAUUGUGAUGUUAGAUGGAAGUUUUGUCAUGUUAUCCAAGAUACAAGCUUUGUAUUCUAUGUUUAAAUUGGUGGUGUUAUGGCAGUUUUUAGUUGAUUCCUUGUUUUUCUUGGCCAAUUUUUCAUUUUCUAAAUAUUAUAGUCUUUGCUAUCUCUUGGAAAUUCUAUUUAUUGUAAGAACAUGAGACUGUAGAACGAAGUUGCUAAUAUUCAUAGCCACAGUUGGACAGUUCAUAAAUAAAAUGAGGAUUAUCAGGAGACAGGUUUGCAAUUGAAAAUGAUAGGCUUUUCCAUGGAGUAUGAUAAUUCCUGAGCAAAUCAUUUUAGAUGACUCAGCAUUGAAAGGGAAGACUUUGCCAUUCCCUCCUUAUAUCUGCAAAAGGAUCAGUUGUUGCUUUUCUGAAGACCAACAACAACAAAAAAAGUUGGUUUAAAAUUAUUAUAACAAGCAAGGAUAGACAUAGGUCUACUGGUUGAAAAUUCCGGUAAAGUAAAACUUUGGGCUAGUUAGUUGUGCUUGACCCCUGUGUGGCAGCAAAUUGUCUUUUACUCCAAAGGAACAAAAGCUGCUAGAAGUUUAGGUUGUGAAAGUCAUCAAGUAAACACUACAUGUCUAGUCAUCUCAGAGUUGUGACUAUUGUCUCUUCAGGAAUUGGUCCACAGGGUAAAUUUUAGUGAUUGGAUGUUUUCCACCAUCAUGUCUAUGGAUCUUUCACAUGCGAGAAAGGAAAUCUAGUGAAACAGGAAGAGGAGUUACACCUUGUGGGUGUGUUUGGGACCUGUUGGCCAGGGGGAAUGUCAUGCCCUGGAAACGCAGGCUCAGCAUGUUUUGCACUUGUUAUUUUGUAGCUUUAAUGAUUUGUUUUCUAAUAGGGCUAGUGUCUAAGCUUGGUGCUUAGGAAUCCUUCAUAUUUUAAACUAUUUCCAUUUCACAGUUCAAGUUGUUCAGUUUUUACAGCCUACUGAUUGGGUUAUCCUGACCUAAACUCUGGAACAGUUCAAUUUGAGACGCUUUCAUACCAGAAUGUACCAAAAAGUGUACAGGGUGAGGGUAAUUUACAGCAAGAAACAAAUGCACAGCUUAUUUCAUUUCUUGACUUUAUGUAUGCAGAUAAGCCAGGCCUUUUUAACUCAUUAUUGGCUGCUGUGUCUUAUCUAUUUUCCACUGAAAGUAUAGGAGGCUUUCCUCUGAGGGAGUCUCAGAGGUAGAGGAAUGGGGAUAGCAAUAUUGCCUCAGACUCACACUGUCAUCCCCUGUAUGCCAGAGUGGAAAGAAAUCAGCUUUUUAUAAUUGAAAUACAAUUUUUAAAUUCACCAUUGUCUGCAAAAUCCUUGAAAAUAAAAUUUCUAUCCCUAUUGUCUUUGUCUAUUUUAUUGGUCA